GAGACUUGGGAGCAGAUGUGGAGGCAUGUGGCCCGGAUUCACCCUAAUGGGGAGGCCAUAGGGACACGCAUCCGGGGAGCCAGUGAUCUGCCCAAGAUUCCUAUACCGAGUGUGCCUACAUACCAGCCAACCACCAGUAUCCCACAGCGCAUGGAAGCCAUACAGAAAUACAUCAGGGACUUGCAGUACAAUCACACGGGAACACAGUUUUUUGAAAUCAAGAAGAGCAGGCCUCUUACUGCGUUGAUGGACAUCGCCAAGGAGAUGACCCGGGAGUCACUGCCAAUCAAGUGUCUGGAGGCUGUGAUCCUUGGGAUUUACCUUACCAACAGCAUGUCGGGUGUGGAGCGCUUCCCCCUCAGCUUUAAGACGCAGUUCUCAGGGAACCACUUCUGCCACAUUGUGCUGGGGGUGCACAGCGGGGGCCGCUUCGGGGCACUGGGCAUCAGUCGGCGGAUGGACCUCAUGUUCAAACCCCUGGAGUUCCGAACACUGGCUGACCUGGUGCAGGAGUUUGAGGGGGCCUACAGGGGUUACUGGCACACCCUGAGGAAGGUGAAGAUUGGCCAGUAUGUGUCCCAUGACCCCCACAGUGUGGAGCAGAUAGACUGGAAACACUCCAUACUAGACGUGGAUAAGCUGACCAAGGAGGAAAUGAGGAGAGAGUUGGAGAGACACACCCGGGACAUGAGGAUGAAGAUUGGGAAGGCUGCGACCACUUCACCCACCAAAGACAGGAAGAGUAACAUGGGCUCGCCCCACCGUAACCCGGGCAGCCCCAUGCGCAGGAACAGCCGCAUCGAGAGACGUCCAUCAGGAGAGAAGAAAGUUCUUGAUCCGAAGUCACCUCCAGACAUGAAUGGAUAUCAGAUUCGAGUGUGAGGAAGAUUUCACUUCAUAAAAUCAUCCUGCAAAACAAGACCGUAGAAUGGUAGGGUUCUGUCCAACUAAAGGUUAGUUCUGGGGAAUGGGCUUUUGUGUUCAGAUUCGAAAUAGGUUUGUACUGUGUAAGCAAUUUAUUUAGGGUAUUUUGCAUUCAACAAACGUGAGGUAUACUGUACAGAGCAUGGCCAUGUCAAAGACUGAUUUUUGACUAAAUGUAAAUUCAAAGCCUAUAAUUCUAAGUUCUCACAAUGCUCAACUUUGGGGAUAUCAGUCGUUUUACACAGCCAAAUCCAUUUCAAUUAACUUGCCUAACUGGUUGGCCUAUUCACAAGAUCUUUGAAAAAUAGACAACUUCUCUCCAAAAAUGUGGCAUGGGCCAUUCAUCAGCCCUGUGGUUCUUUGUUGUUACCAGGCUUUUUGUAAAGCCAGAAGCUUGGUAGUGUAGUCCAUUCUACAAUAGGAUUGGUUCAGACAGCAUUUAAGGGUCAAACAGGCAUUGAUCAUGUUUUUAAAGAUGUAGGGUUUUGUUAAUAUGCAAUAUUACAUUUGGCUUAUUUCUUAACGUGUAAAGUGGUGCAAUUGGAAAUAUCAUAGAAGAUAUCCAUGUUGUCAAUCAGUUAUUAAGAAUAACAAUUAUUGUGAGGAUUAUGUGCAAUCUGUGUCUCCAUGUCGUACUGUAAGUGUGUAAAUACAUUGAACCUUUAACCUGUUAGCCCUGCUGGACAGUAACUGCUUUUGUAGUGACUAGUUUGCAAUCCACUUACCUUGUGCCUUUUAGGAACAUUUUAAUAGACAGUGAUAAAGAAAACAAGUAUUACUGGGUUAUUAAUAGUUUUUUCAAUUUCACUAGGAAAAUACACUGUACAAUCCAUCUACUCUAUCCCAAAUAGAUGGUAAAUUGAGCUAUCAACACCUUACUCUGUGUUUGUGUGUUCUGCUAUGGAGAUGAUGCGUGUGAUUGAAUAUUGGGUAAUUCAGUGUACAGUAGUCUAUUUAAACCUUUCAAAGCAUGAAAAGUGUGAUAUGUUUUAGGAUAGUAAGAGAAAGUGGUCACUGUGGUCAACAGAAUUUUUGAAUUCUGGGGUCACUCACAAGACAAAAUUUCAUUCUCACAAAAUGACUGUGCAACUAAGUACGAUUGAUGAAGUUGCAGCUGAUAUGGUUUGACAUUAUUUUGGGGGAAAGAGAGGUAUUUUGAAGGCAGCAGUUACUUUUUUUAUAUUGACAUGGUCUGAUAUAUUUUUGCCUUCGUACAGUAUAAAUAACAUUAUUCUUAUUAUCUUAACACAUAGCCUUAUUGUGGUUGUCUAGCUCUAUUUAAUAUUUACCAUUUUUAUUAAAGGUGCAAUGAGAUUUGUUUACAAUAUUCUCAUCUUCGUUUUUAAAUGACAUUUAGGCCAGAGCACUUGAGAAAUUGGAGUCUGCACCAUUUGUUAAAAUAGUGCCUCAGAGCACAUUGAUUGGUUGGGAUUCCUUGAGCCUCUUUCAUUUUAACAUAGAGGUUGUUGUCUUGUACCAGAACAUUAUAUGACCUUUUAUCACUAUGUAGGACUUCCUAUUGAUUUAGAAAUAAACUCUCCUCACCUCUCUCCCCAUUAAUCUGUUGUGUUGAUUUAGCUGACUUAUGUCAUGGGUCAGAUGCCUGUGAGUUUAUUAGAGCUUCAGCUACAUUAAGAGAUCUACAAAAUGCAACAAUGGAUCAAAUGUAGAGCUAAAAUCACUUAAUACAGUUAUCAAACAGUGUGCUGAGGACAUGGAGGGCACACUGCCAGUCUACAUACCAACCAAGAGUCCAAAUUGGGCAGUGUGCACUCAUCUGAAAUACCUCUGCCACAGACGGACAAUACAAAGAAUAAACGACGAGCAAUAAACAUUUCCUCCUUUGAUUGUCUACAAAGAAACCUUAAUACAAAUCCCAUACUGAGGGUCUGUGCACUAGGGGACUAUACAUUUAUAAGACAAUGAACAAAGACAUCUGCUUGCAGCCACACUAAUUAGAAUAACAUUUUCUGUAUCUUCUCUGUUGCAUGCUGGUACACUGUGAGAACUCCUAGCCCAUUUUGGGCUUCAAGACAUCCUUAACUGUAUAUCACAGCAGGUUUUUUGAUAUCCUUUUU